GAUUAAUCAUCAAAUUAUAUUGACUACUCAUGGAUUAUGGGUGCCCUCUUAGUGGAGCCGUGCCUGACUGGAAUACGCGCAAACGUGGAACAUUUAUAGAUAGUUUGGUGUGGAAGUAUUCAGUUCGAAAGUGUUGUGUACGCUAUUGUGAGUGGAUUUUUUCAAAUAAUUUGCCAACAUGAGUGUUAUCCAACUGGAGACCGAGGACCGGCUCGAGUACAACUUCUUCCCGAACAGCUCCGGCUUCCUGCAGUUCCGCGUGCGCGCCGGCAACGAUGCCCACCUGGCGCUGACCACCGCCGCCGCCGAGUCGGACCCCAUGUACGAGGUGUUCAUCGGCGGCUGGGGCAACUCCAAGUCCAUCAUCAGGAAGAACAGGACGAAGCCCGAGGUGGCCGAGGUGCCCACGCCGGGAAUCCUCAACGCCAACGAGUUCAGGGGCUUCUGGAUCCGCUGGCAGAACGGCACCAUCUCCGUGGGCAGGGAGAACGAGGUGCCGCCGUUCAUGAGCUGGACAGACUACGAGCAGAUCCCCAUCGAGUACGUCGGCGUGUGCACCGGAUGGGGGGCAAAUGGCUCUUGGGUCAUCGAGCCACCCAGGGGUGGCGGUGGUGGUGGCGGCUUCGGCUACCCCUCAGCGCCCUCUAACCUAACGGCCCCAUCCAGGAUGUCCUCCGUCUGUUGGGCCCCAGGCCGCGGCGGGGCCGUCCCCCCCAGAGCCUUCACCGGCGGUGAAGACAACGGCGAGCCUAUCUACGUCGUCAGAGCCCAGCUGAACGGAGGCCUCAUCCCCGGCAAGCUGGUGCCCAGCCACGGUGUCUGCUACGUGCCGUGGGGCGGCCAGGAGAACGCUGUGGCCGAGUACGAGGUGCUGUGCGACUUCCCCGGGCAGUGGAUCGCCUGCUCGGGCGGCAACAUACCGCCCAACGCGCUCACCGCGGGCCAGAGCGAGGACGGAGAGCCGUUGUAUGUGGGCAGGGUUGUGCAUGAUGGAGCGCUGACUGUGGGCAAGGUGCAGCCUGGGCACGGGGUGUGCUACAUCCCGUACGGGGGGCAGGAGCUGUCCUUCCCUGACUACGAGAUCUUGGUGCAGUAGGUUGAGCUGGAGUUCGUUGCUUUGGAUGUGCUGCCUAGGAUGUGUAUCCAACAUAAUUGUAUAUUCGAAAGUAGAGCACUAUUAUAGCUUGUCUAGGUGCCUUCUUAUUAUAAAGGGAUUUAUAUUACUGAAAGAUAUAUAAUAUUCUAUCGUUGUGUAUUUUUAUUUAUUUUAUUUGAAUGACAGCUAAGUUGUAAUAGUUUUUUUUUCUUGUUCAUUGCACUAUUUUUCUAUGUCUGUUCUAGAUUAAUAAAUUUUUAUUCUAUUCAUUAAUCAUUGUUUUAUUUGGGCAACCAAUUUGAUUGGUAUUCCACAUAUAUUUCUAACAUACCUCAAGAAUUCAAAAUUAUUAAAGAGGAAUGAGACCCAGACAGUGGGCAAGGUGUUCUGCUGUUGAAGAUAAAUAAACUUCCAAUCUUUACUAAUCUAUAGAAGCCUGAAUGACACUGCGUGCAUUUUAUUACACAAAAUGUAUUGAUAUACAUACGAUUAUUAAGAUUGAAACUCUAAUCAACCACUUAUUGACAUAAUAGAACUCGACAAGCGCAGUCAACACUUCCUCUCAUAGUCAAUCUUGAAAUAGUUCGAGCAGCACUGUAUCAAAACUCGUUUCUCUAUAGAACGGGAAAGCUCUGGAAUUCAUUGCCUGAGAAAAUAUUCCCAAGAACUUAUCUCCGGAAGUUCAGAAUGAUACCCAACACCUACCUCCUCUCCCUAUCCUCCCUAGGUACGCAGGAUGUUAAUCAAUAGGGAUUUUAUUUCGUGCACCAAGUGGUAAAAAAAUUAAAAUGCCCUGUUUCAAGUUUGAGUCUUGUUUCCUGUACAAAAAAAUGCGUAGUGUCCAUUUAUCUUGGUGAAUACUUAUGAUCAUUCUGCUUUCAGCUAGUUUUUGUUAUCAAUUCACGAAAAUUACAAUUCUGCUUGAAAUAUGUUGAAAUCGAAUGUUGCAAUAUUUCAUUUCCACAGCCCCCAUCAAAAAUGUAUAUGUUGUGACGUCCCUAAAUGCGAGACAAAACACAAAUCAAUUUUUCUCAAUGAAAUUCCCGUUUUUUUUUUUGUAUUUUUAUCGAGAGUUAUAUACAGUGUGGCCCACUUCUAAUGGAAUCACCCCUGUAUCUUACGUAAUCAUUGGCUGAGGAUCCUGAAAUUUGCUGGCGCGAGAGAUAUAUCAAAAAUGCACUCUAUGACC